AUGGAUCAUAUACCGUCGUUGCCCAAGUCCAUCAAGGGGAACACCGAACUGCUCAUUUGGGUCGACCUCUUCUCGGGAUAUGUGAUUGCAAAGGCUAGCUCCUCUCGGACGGCACAAACAAUAGCGGAGAAUUACGAAGAAUGUGUGUUUCGACGCUUCGGAGCUAGCGAGGCUAUCAGGCACGAUCGAGAACCGGGAUUUAUGUCCGACUUCUUUCGAGCCUUCAGUCGGAUCGUAGGACAAAAACAGCGUGCUACUAUGGCUUACAGGCCACAAGCAAAUGGAACAGCCGAACGAAUGGUGCAAACCCUGACACAUUCGCUCAAGAUAUCGGAUCCGGGGGAUACCCCAUUUUAUCUGAUUCAUGGGUGGGACCCGCGAUCGACUUUGGAGGCUACGCUACCAGUGGGGAAUACGGGGACACGAGAUCGCGAUCCAAAGAGGUGGAGAUACAAAAUCCAAAGACAAUACCAGCGAGCCCGAUCUGCAGUGAACGAUCGUUUACAAGCCGCGAUCCAGGAGCGAGCGGAUCGACACAACGAAGAUCUGGAACCACACGAGAUCGAAGUAGGAGCGCAAGUUUGGCUAUACCUGGACCGAGUUAAAGAGGGAUAUGCGAAGAAGCUAGCGCACAUGUGGCAUGGGCCAUUCCGAGUUGCGGACGUAUGUGGAGAUCAUGCUGUAAAAUUGGAGAUCGCUGGAACCCCAUAUCGGUUAUUUCCGAUUGUACAUAUAUCGAAGCUAAAAAAGGUAAAGACGUUCCCUGAACGCCCGAAGGAUCAGCUUACGAUAGAGGAAUCAGAUCGCUUGGAUUUCGAUGAAGCUCUGCUGCCAGAAGACAGUUGGGAUGGCGAUCUUGAAGAAGGGGAAUACGAAGUAGAGGCAAUAUUGGACGUGCGAUCUGGUAGAAAAACCCGUUAUGGGCGAGUACACCGGCAGUUUCUGGUGAAGUGGAAGGGAUAUCCCGAUCUAAGUUGGGUGGACGAGGCCGAUCUAAGUUGUGGGGCGAUCUUGCAAGAGUUUGAGCGGAACCGAGUGAGUCGAAACCGUUUCGACGUAAUGCAGUCUCAUGAAGGCAAGUCGGACGAACCUUAA